AUGAUAAAUCGUUGGCUUUCAUUCCUUCUGGCUAUCAGCACCGUGAUCUCUAGUACUGCGUCUACCCCAUUGACAGACAUCUCCAAGAGAGAUAAGAACCGACUGACUUGUGACUUGACCGAGGAAUGCACAAGCUGGUAUAAUACCGGCGAUGGAAACUGUCAACCAGGCUUCCUGAGAUCAGACCUCCUAGCGGAAGGCAGUUUACCAGGUUCAACCUGUCAAAAAAAGUGCAGCAAAGAUGAAGCAAAAAAAUGUGCUGUUGAGUGGUGUAAGUUUGACACUGCUCAGUGUCACCUCUCUCCCGAAAGCCUUGCUUGCAAUGAUGCGUUAAGGUGGUGUAAGACGCCUAUAAAAAUGAGCGAGAAGAUCUGCACAGCGAAGCACAUGAAGAGCCCUGUGAAAUACGAUUCAAAGAAAGGGACAUGUGCUCCUGUCAAAAAUGAAACGUUGGCCUCUGAGUACCACCUUUUUAUGGAUCUUGGCCCUUCAAAUACGUCAAUUCGGCUGUUUAUUGGGUGUGGUCCGCUCACAAAAACCGGCGUGGAAGACGUGUACAAUUCAAUCAAUCACAAGUUCAAAAUCAAACCCUGCAGCGAGUCAUCUACUGGAUCUCCAACACUUUUUCCUAAAUGGAAGUGCUAUGCCAAGGCGUCACAGUUGAAGGACAUCAAAAAUUUUGCUGAGAAGGCUUGUAAGGCGGCAGAUCACCCUGGUAGCAAAAAGCCUGUUUUUGAGGGUACUAUGGGCUAG